AUCUCUAAAAUGCUGCUGCUUACUUGGCCUACGUCAAUGACAAGGGUCUGGGCACUGUUCGAUGAACAAGCAAUAGAAAUACAUAAUUAUAUUAUCCAAGCGCAGUGCGCGAAAUGUGGAGCGAGCAAGCGGAACUAGAGGUACUACAAGAGAUCUAUGAUAUAGCCCGUGCAGCUGGAGGCAAACAAAAUUGGCGCAAGUUGCUGACACUGGGCUACGGACUGGAGCGGGACUUGAAGCGCAAAUUGCUCUGGAUAUGGCCCACAGCAUUGGAUCUGAAGAAACUAAAUGGUGUGCUUAAGCAGCUGGACAUUCACCAUGUGUUGAGCAUUGGCUGUGGCAGUGGAUUGCUCGAGUGGCUGCUCGGCGUGGUGGCUGACCAAGAGCUGCGAAUAUAUGGCCUGGAAAGGGAUCCGAACUGGUGGCGCAGCAAAUACGCCGUACGCAGUUUUAUUCCACUCAACUACAUUGAGCAGGCGGACUCCAAAUUGAUUCCCAGUUUCUUCAGCCGCUGCUGCUCGGGGGUUGCGCCAUGUGCGUUGCUCUUUUCCUACUUUAACAAUCGCAGCGCCUUCCUGGACUACCUCAGCGCAUUUGAAGGCAAGUGGCUGAUAUUAAUAGGUCCACAGCCUGCAUUGGGCAUACACACAGAUCCAAAUCCUCUGCAGCCUCAGCUGCCUGACAAACAAUGGGCGCUGCGCGAGCUUUGCGAAUGGACUGAACAGAAUGUGGUGGCCAUCUACGAGAAAGUCGACAUUAUUUAGCUAAAUAUACAAGAUAAUUAACAGAUAUAUAUUUAUAAUAUGUAUUAUUAUGCGUUAUCUAUA